AACUUACUGUUAUAUCCCAUAAAUAAAUAAUAAAAAAACCUACUUUUUCUUACUCCGUAUAUUGUCUUCCUUCUGUCUCCUCUCCAAACCCUAAUCAACCCAUCUUCCUCCUCACGCGGCGGCCGCAGCAGCAGCAGCAGCUCAAUUUUAGCAGCAAAUGGCGCCGAAGAAGGAUAAGGCCCCACCUCCGUCAUCUAAGCCAGCCAAAUCUGGUGGAGGGAAGCAGAAGAAGAAGAAAUGGAGCAAGGGUAAGCAAAAGGAGAAGGUGAACAACAUGGUUUUGUUUGACCAGGCUACUUAUGACAAGCUUCUUUCUGAGGUUCCUAAAUACAAGCUUAUCACUCCUUCUAUCUUGUCUGAUAGAUUGAGGAUCAAUGGGUCUCUCGCACGGCGAGCAAUCAAGGAUCUAAUGGCAAGAGGCUCUAUCAGGAUGAUAUCUGCUCAUGCUAGUCAGCAAAUUUACACCAGAGCCACCAAUACCUAGAAGGAAAUUAAUUAGUUAGCAUUUUUGUUAUGAGUCCAUAGGAUGUUGGUCUUUGCAUUCUUAGUUGAUUAAUUAUUCUGCCAUUGUGGUUCUGUUGUUUUGGUGAAUGCUUAAUUUUCUCCACCAAAUCCAAUGUGAUGUUAUAUUAUGAUUUGCAGCACGGUAUUACUUUCAGCAAUAUCGGUCCCAUUGGAUGGAACCUUCCCUCUAUGUUAUGCCCUUUUAGUUGUGUUCUAAAUUUGAAAUCUUUGAAUGUUAGUGAAGUGGUUGUGAA